AUGGUAGCAAGACCUCACCUCACGACCUUGUACACGACGAAAGCGGUCAUCAUCCUGGACAGCGAAGGCAAACGCAUCUUGGCCAAAUACUACCAGGCUGAAUACCCAACACUGAAGGAGCAGCGGGUGUUUGAAAAGUCGUUGUUCGAUAAGACGAAGAAGACUAAUAGCGAGAUCAUUCUCUUCGACAACCAGAUCGUCGUCUACAAGAACUCUAUCGACUUGCUCAUCUAUGUACUGGGGUCAGCAGAGGAGAACGAGCUGAUAUUAAGCCAUUUGCUGAACUCGUUCUACGAGACGCUGUCUAUCCUACUCAAGGGCUUAGUCGAAAAGCGGACUAUCCUGGAAAACUACGAUCUCGUCGCGCUAGCACUGGAUGAGACUGUUGACGGCGGAAUAAUACUGGAAUCAGAACCAAGCAUCACAGCCUCAAGGGUAACAAAGAAGAACGAGACGGAAGCGGAGCCCUCGUUGUCGCAGAUGUUCCAGAAGGCUCAGGAGCAGGUCGCUAGGUCGUUGUUGCAUUAG